AAACGACCACAUAUAUGAGUUUGUGCUCGAGGUGUUGCGUGAUUGGUAGUUUCUGUACAUCUGAUAAUGGAUUUAUGUUUAUUUGUUUUCCUUAAUGAAAGAUAAAAUGUUUAGAAAUAAGCGCUUUUGUGCUUUUUAUACAUGAUUUAAUAUGGAAAUAUUGAAUAUGAGAGUGUUGUAUUGGAUAAAAAUGCUCGCAAUGGCUUUAGAAUGUACAGCUAUCAUUACCAUGAGGGCAGACCAAAAGUAUGUGCCAAUUGGAGGCGAUGUACACGUGUCAUGUAUAAGCGAUGUGAAAAGAAUAAGUAUACAGAUAUUUAAUGGAAAAAUACUUAUUUCAAUGUGUUCGAUAUUCGGCUGCCAGAUUGUGGAUCCAGAAUCUGCGACAACAGUUCCUGUGAAUGAUGCCACAAAUGCGGGGUACGAUAAAGUUAGUUUUGAGUUGAGAAAUUUCCAAAUUAAAGACAGUGGGACAUACUCGUGCAAGGACAGAAACAACAUCACUGUACAAGGCAGCGUGACUAUCACCCAUGCAGUUCCCAUCACCAUGGUGACGUUGAGACCGAGCUUUGACCCAAUGAACGUAGUAGAGGGUGUACCUUCUACCUUCUCCUGCGUCACAUCCGAGAGCCGCCCACCUGCUACUGUGUCCUGGUUCAAGGGGAUUGAUGACAUCACAGCAUUUAGCAAUAACGUUACCACGACCUUCAUAACAACCAGCACUCUGACAUACACCCCUUCCAGGGACGACCAGGGGAAGAGAAUCCGGUGUGAGGGCAACAAUGGUGGAACAACGGUGACAUCCCAGGUCAAGCCUCAGGCAAAUAUUCAGUUCGGUCCUAGUAUUCCUGACUGUGACUACGCCGGAACAGAUGCCCCAUCAACAAUAAUGAUACGCGAGGGCUGGAAUUUUUCCUUGGAUUGCACUACUAGCGGAAACCCACCAGCCAGCCUGACAUGGACCCACCCUGGACCGGGACCAAACAGUCCACUUACGCUCGCAAACAUUCAGAAAAUUCAUAAUGGAGCAUUUACCGUGACCAGUAGCAAUACAUUGACCCCGUCUGGAAAAACUGAUAUUCUGAAAUCAAACUCCACUUCAUAUGUUGUUCAAGUGAUGUAUCCUCCAGCGUCCAUACAAUGCACAGUUGGAUCUGCCUCAUCUCUUGGAUCAGGAAUACUGCGGGUUGUCAAAGACAGCACAUUUACCAUUAGUUGUUCUGCCGAUAGUUUUCCGGCUUUAACUUGGGGAUGGUCGUGGUCAGGUGGCAGUGGAUCCAACUAUCAACUGUCUGUUCCAAACAUUCAGACUGAAGGGCCGUUUAUAGUAACUGCGCGGAAUACAAUGACGUUAACAAAUGGUAGUACAGAGACAGGUCGAAAUCAGAACGAAUACAGCUUACAACUCCUAUACCCCCCAAGCAGACCUGUGUUUCACUUAGGCGGAACAACUGGGCCUCGUAUUACAGGAAACAACCUCUCUGUUAUCCGGGGCAAGUCGACAAGCGUAGCAUGCAUAUCCACGGGGGACCCUGAGCCCACGUACUCCUCCUGGAAUGGAUCUGAUCCAUUGUGGACGUUCACCGCUAACAUGGACACCUCGAGGACGUGUUUUGCCUCUAACACUCUUAACCCGACCGGAUUUAAAGAGGAGCUUCGGACCAGAUCGAGCGCACUGAAUAUUAAAGUAAUGUAUGGGGCUUCAAUCACAUACUUUGCUAUUACGGGACUUGAAGGCAGAGAUGAAGUCGUUUUGUUUGAGGAUUCUCGCGUUAGCUUUAAUUGUGCAGUAGAUAGUAACCCUGGUUCAUAUAUUGAAAUACUUAGGGAUGGACAGUCCCUCAAACAAGUGGGCAGUGCACAUGAACUGAGUCUCGUGAUUGAAAGAGUUAAAUGUGAAGAUGAUAGCAUCUACACGUGUACAGGACGUAACGUUCACGACUCCGCACCUGUUACGAGGACUUUAACAGUUUUUGUCAAAUGCUCUCCGCGUGCUUCCACGGCCUCACCUUCAGUUUCUCUUGUGACCAGCGUAACCGGCGUACCCGCAAAUUUGACCUUCAACUUAGUAGCAUAUCCGCGCCCUAAUAUAUCGGAUUUUCGAUGGGAGAAACAAGACGUGUCUGGGGAUGGAUGGACAAUCAUUCAUAACAAGCAGAACGUGAAAACAGAUGUAUCAAUCAAUAGGCUUCAAACAAGCAUAUCAUUCACCAGCGUACAGAAGGACGACUUUGGUUACUAUAGAGUAAACGUGAGCAAUGAACUAGGACGUACUUCAGAAAUAUUCCAUCUUCAAUCGCAAGAAUCAGGCCCAAGUUCUGGUCCAGUUAUUGGCGGUGCUGUUGGUGGAAGUAUAGGAGCGGUCGUUGCCAUAAUUGUGGUCGUAGUUGUUCUUAGAAGGAAGUAUACACACAAGUGUAACAUAAAAAGGAAAACAGAUGUUCCUCCUGGGAAAUCCGUAUCCUGUGCAGUCAAUCCUGGUCAAGUCACAGCUCAGACGCAGGAGGAUAUAUCCCUGGCAACUAACGCAUCGGUGUACGAUAUUCUAGAUAUAAGAGAUGUAAGACCCGACAGUUCGCACGAGUACAUGCCGUUAGAAGAGUCCAGUUUAAAGUCAAAUACUAACUACGAAAACGUCAAAUAAGAGGACCCGAUUUUCAAAAACAAAUGUGCUGAAGAACACUGUGCAGUCGGUGCUUUAAGUACAAUAAUUGAACCCAAAGAACAUCCCGCACCGUUCAAGGCUUGAGCGUGCUUGUGACAGUGCCAUCGUCUUUGUCAGCCUAUUCUUCUUUUCUUUUCGUCUUUACAUUACCUCCCAGAUCAGAAAGGUAAAGAUUACUGGACGAGCGUAAUCGUGCAAUAAUUAUCGUGCGGAUAAAUUACAACAUAUUCCACAUAUACGCACACACGUUAUGGAACACUGUCCUUGGUGAAAACAGUUUUUUAACACUACCGUCGAUAUGAUAUGACACGAGCGUACAGGGGAAAUCAAGAUGUAUUUGAUGGAUAAUAAGUAUUUUUCACUUGAAAGGGGAAUUAAUUUGUGCAGAGUAUAGAGUGCCAUUGAGACAAUGGAUUCACAAAGCUUAGUUGACUAUUGUAUUGUUAGUCAAAAGCUUAGAUCUGUUUGUUUCAUUUAUUACGCACGAGCCUAAUUUAAUAUCUGGUCACUCAGCUGUGUUCGAAUUUUCAAUAUUUGGAAAAAGGCAACUAAUACAAUAGAAAAAAGAAAUGAAAGCGAACCAAAUUAAUUAAUAUAUUCUUAAGAAAGUUUUGACUAUAAAUGGAUUAAUCGGUUUUAAGAUUCCACUGAAUAAUCCAAUAAUUAUCCACGCACGUAUAUACAAUAACUGAUUUUUGUCUAUUUAUAUAAUAAGUAUUUUGCCUUUUAUUAACUUUGUAUUCCUUUGUUUUGUUUUUCCACGUGUUUGUUAAAUACCCGGAAGUAAACAAUAUCACGUGACCAAAAGUUAACAUCCACUAGUUAUAUUGAUAUGCUUACUAGUAACUUAUUUGUUACACUUUUGUUAGGCACUUAUUAAUGUAUCACUAGUCAAAUAAACAAACCAAUUAUAUAUGCAAUGUUUAUGUAUAUAUGUCUGUUCGUAUUUGAGUAAUAUGCAUUGAAUUCUGUUGAAAUGUUUGAUCAAAGAUCAUUUUAACCUAAUUCAAACAUAUAGUUUGUAUAUACUAUUAUACUUCUUAUAUUAGUAUAAGUGAUAGUUUUUAACAGUAUUAAGCUAAGUGUGUUUGCUGUGUUACAAAUAUUAUGAAAUUAAUUGUUGCGUCUGAAAAUAGUUUAUACUGCACACUUUACUAACUAUAUACAUGUUACAGCAAUAAGUAUAACUUGAUAUAUUUAUCUUGUUAAGUUUUGUUUGCAUGCUAGUGCAUAUUUCAACGAUAGUAUUUCUUCAAUAUCGUUAUUAGUAUUUUGUACUGUUUCAUUCUCAUCUGGUAUUGACUUUAUAAUUGUUUACACACUAAGCUUGAGAUAAUAAGUGCGAAUACCGAUAAACAACUUCGACUCUCAGAACAGUCGGAAGUCAGAAUGUGUUUCCAUACUAUGAAAAGAAAAUGAAAUUAAAGACAUUUCAUUAAGAAAUUGUUAAAGAGAAAAGGGUAAAGCUUUCUUGUAACGAAAGAAAGAUAAUAAAUUAUACAUAGAACUCAUUUCUGAGUAAAAUCUGAAGUAUAAGGACUGGUUGUUUGAUAUAAUCACUUUUAGAUAAUAGCUGAAACUAACUCAUGCAUAAUAGAGACAAGAACAAAGUGGCACGCCGUUUGAGUGAAAUGUACAUGUAUGACACAUUAGAAAAAUAGCAAGAAGUAAAGAAACAAAUGCGCUGCUCUCCUGUCACCCAUGCGACAUAAGAUAUACUUUAAAUCCAACAAACCAACCUCUAGGUUAUGUCUAAUCCAAAACCAACGAAACAAAAAGAAAUAUCCGAGUGCUUCCUUUUAAAAACUGUGGUACUGACAGUCACGUGGAAUACGAAUCGAUGCGUUUUUAAAAACAAACAGCGGGAAACAUUUCACACCGGAUUGGUUGUUGCAAUAUGAUCAAAGAGAACCAAUUGACAAUGAGAACCAGAACAUGGAACAGUACAGCUUAUGGACUUGUCUACUUUAUUAUGUAAGGGAAAUAAUGAGUACUCAACAUACGAAUGUGAACGAUAAAAGUACAUGCUUAAAUAGUAACAAACGACUUUGUUACAUUAUCUUCCAUGGGUCGUGUAGUGGCCAAUCAGAGCCCAGUAUUGAUAAACCCGCCUCUGUGUAUGAUAAGCCCGCCUCUGGCUAACAGUUGCAUGUAUGUUGAUAGUUCAGUUAUUGGUUAGAUUCAAGAUCGUGUGCGUAUGAGUAUGAAUGUAAUAAAGCUAUCUUAAACCA